GAUUACUUUAUGGUGUUCUGCUAUGCCAAAUGUCUGAUAUGUGCAUGUCCCAUCUAAAAUCCAAAAAAAAUUUGUAGUCCAGUAUUACUUUUUCAUAAUUCCUAAUGAAGAGAUCAUCACCAUCACGUCCUAGUACUACUAGCCCAAACUCUGUGAAAAUCAGAACCCUGAUUCAUUCUCACUUCUUUAGACAUGUUUAUCAUAUAGUUCGAGCACUAACCAAAGCCAAGUCCAUUUUGAUGGAACUUAUUAGCAACAAAAACAAAGAAAAUUACUACAUAGAGUCUAGAAUGAAAGAUGGAACCAAGAAAAAGAAAAAGAAGAAGAGGGUUUUUUGUUCAUCGUCACUAAGAUUGCACUACAAUUGGUGUUCGUCACAUGUAUUACCCAUGCCUGAGCCACCAGCAGUAUUAGGCGCAGAUGGUUACUUCAAUGAUAAUUAUUCGAACCAUGUCUAUUAUGACUCCACUUGGAAUUCAUCAUCAAUCCUGCCAGCUGAGGAACAUAUGCAGGAUGGGUUUGACUCGCAUCUAUCAGGCUACCUGCGUUGGCUUGACGAGAAAGUGACAACGGAGAAUUCCACUGGUAAUAAGAAUAAUUGUGAUGCCGAUGAUAUGGAAGAGAUUGAUAGGCUUGCUGAUAAGUUCAUCGCAAGUUUUCAUGAAAAAUUCAGGCUGGAAAAGCAAGAGUCUUACAGGAGAUAUCAAGAGAUGUUAGCAAGAAGCAUGUAGAUGCAUGAUUGUGAUCAGGGUCUUAUACAUAUAUUGUUACCAAGAGCAAGAUCCUUAUUAACUAAGAGGUGAGAAAAGAGUGGCAUUUGAAUUCUGCUGUUCUUCAGUAUCAGUUUUCUUGAUUUAUUUUGUUUUUGUUUUCUUCAUGGUGAUUUUUGAGUAUAAUUGUACGUAUCAGUUCGUAAAAUGGUGAUGUUGUUUUAUCAUGAUUAUUUUCCA